UUGGUUUUUUUUUCAACGUUAAAAAUGACUGCUCUACCAAAUAAGACUUAAUGUCCCUUUAAUUGGUAGGGUGUUCGAGUUUUAAUAGGUAAAAAUUCGUUUUAACAAUGUUUUCUUGGGACAUGAAUGCAGCACUGAGACGUUCCACGUUUCCCAUGAUGCGCUGCGGCACACACCCGGCGGGGACAUUCAAAAAUAUGGCAGAGGACUCGAUGAUAUUUAAAACAGUUUCAGGCUCAGAAGAUGCGAAUAUGAAGCUUGUUCUGAAUAACGAGGAGAGUAAAACAAGACGGCGCCUUUCGUUCACGACGGAACAUAAUGGUAGCAAGCAGGAGGACCCGGAUGUUUCAUGUAAAGUCUUAACGUUACAAAAUGUUCCCGAAGACUUCAGUUCAUGCCGAAUUUCUGCGGAAACGACCGAGCAGCUCUCACCACAGACCGCUGUAAACUCGUGUUUGAAGACGAAAAACACGAUAGAAGUUACCGAUAUUUCGUCUGAACCGAAACGGAAAAGUAUAAACAUUACCGAAGAGAAAGAAAACGCAACAAUACCUACAACAUCCAGCACCACAGAUGACACUAAAGAAGAGAGCAAGUCUGCUCAGAAAAGUCUGCAGGAUUCAUGCAAGAUAGCAUGUCAACAACAACAAUCCAACACAGAAGAAAGUGACGCUGAGGUGCUGAGGAGAGCACAGGAGGAAGGCCACGUGAGCGUCGUCUUCCCUGGCACUGUAACUCAAGAUGGUUGCUGCAGAUUCGUCAGUGAGAUCCUCAAGUGUAUUCUGUAUCAGAGACAGCAGCUACCCAUGACGUACGAGCAGCUGGUGUACUCUCAGAAGAAGCAACAAGCAUCCAUGCAGGAUAAAGACAUAGUGAGUCGGAGGCCGGUGCAGUCUGCAGACAUGGACUGGCGGAAGUGUCAACAGACCCUCCAGGAGCUGGAGGAGGUGCUGCAGCAGCUGGAGGUGCUCUUUUCUCUCAGCAGCGUUCCUCGGGUGCUGCUGCUCCUGGGCGGCUCGCUUGUUUUUCCCAAAGAGCUGUAUGAGAUCAACAUGGAGAACCUGGAGGUGGCUAGUGGAGAUCAGUGUCUGCGCGUCUCUUCGUGUCUACGGCAGCUCUUCCGCACUCUUUUUAUAGCUGACAUUUUGUCUGACAGCAAACCGGUCCGUCUGAUGCCCACCACGGUCUUAGUGCUGGCUCACAGGGACUGUGGUACCGGAUGGUUCCGCCCUAAACUACAGUUUAAAGUGCCGACAAGAGUGAAGAACCAAGUUAUUGCUCUUUCUAGUGAUCCAAACACCUGUAGGAAUCAGAGGGCUGAGGGGUCGGAUUUGAAGGACUAUGUUUGGUUCCAGGCGCCAGUGACUAUCAAAGGCUUCAGGAAGUGACUCUGAAAUGUUCAUGAGUGAAAUCAGCACCGUCUUUCUGGAGCAUUUUUGAUAUUUGUCAGUUUUAAUAAUCGUUCAAGAGAGGUUGAGCGAUUACUUGUCAAUAUUUUAAUCAAUUAUGGAUUUAAUUUUCUGCUUGUGAUUAAAAGUGCCAUGUAAACCAGAACUGGGUUUGAUGUGAUGUGACUUUAUAGUCUUUUAAGACUUUGUUAGUAUGACAAAUCUGUUUGGAAGCAUAAUGUAUAAUUGUUUUUUAUUUAUGAAAAAUGUUGUACAUGUUUAAACUCACAAUUUAAAGACCUCACACAUUGAGCGACAAAACUUUUGCAAUGUAUCUUUAAUCAUAAAAAACUCAAAGUUUAAUAGACGAUUUUGUAAACAUUUUGAAUGUCAGUAUCAUCUGUAUUUGUUUACAUUCAUUUAAAGCUAAAAAAAUAGCGUCAGAGUGCAGUUUUGGAUGCCGCCAAGGGAAUACUCAGUAGUGUAAAAGCAAUAAUUAAGGCAUGGAUAGUGCAUUUGGGUCCUAUUGGAAUGAUCAGUUAAAAAACAAAAAUAAAGAACAGAUACACC